AAUUGGAGAAUGGUCUUAACCCUCAUCAGAGCUGACUUUAACAAAUGCUUAGUUUUCAACAGCUUUGAAAAAUGUAGCCUAGCAGUCAGUGACAUACUUGCACUUUUUGCACAUAGAAAUAAAAAUACUAUUAAUUAGGAAUAGCCUGUGCUAUGAUAUAACUAGUUGUGAUAUAUGAGUGUAUGGUAGUAUACUGACUGCUAUGUAUUCUGUACUAUUUGCUUUACUAAUCACCUAUUUCAUUGCAGUUCACAGUUAUUGACUUAGUUUUAAAUCAGUCUGUAGGCUUGAGGAAUUGCUUCAAAACUUUUUAAAUGGUAAAAACUGGAAGUUAUUUUAAAUUAGUAAUGAACCUUCAGUAUUAAAAAUGGCAUUAUUUAAGAUAGUCCUGCUGCAAGGAAGGCACUUCAGUGAAUAUGUGACUAGUAAAGCUGAAGUAUCUGGUUCUAAUAGAUUUCAUGAAAUAUUGUAAUCAAGUUUGUAAUAAAUUGUUGAUGCAGGUUAAGACCCGGAUGUUUAAAAUAAAUGCAAUAUUAAUUUGUGCAUAUAUACUCGGUAUACUAAGGUUAAAAAUGAAACUACUGUGCCUUAACUUGUUGCUUAGUUUAAAUGAUUUUUUUUAAAAAGAAGGUGAUCAUUUAAACUUCAUUUUGAUACGCCUGCUGUUAAUGUUUUUCAAAUGUUUUCUAACUGUCUUGGUAAUUGCAAUUUAACUAGGUGCGGUGGCUACUAAAGUUCGAAGGCACGAUAUGCGUGUCCAUCCUUACCAAAGGAUUGUGACCGCAGACAGAGCCGCCACCGGCAACUAACCUAUGACCUUCUGACCUCUGAACUCUUCACCCAAUGAUGACCUGACCAUGCCUGCCUGCUGAUCAGUUAACUGGUAAUCGCCUUUGCUUGCCUGUCUUCAGUGCAGCGAGCUGAGGCACUUGUCCGUUCGUCUUACCAUCUAACAAAAAAAAAAACAAACAAAAAAGACAAAGAAUUUGUUGUCCUCCAACUCAGCUUUUUUUCCCUGUUUGGGUGAAAGUGGUUCUAGAACCUGCACUGAAUAGUAGUAAAGCAAUAAGGUCCAAUUCAUCCCUCCGCACUGAUCAUCUUUUAGUGUCCCACCCUAAACGAAUGGUAAGAAGGGCCUCGCAAAAGAGAAGGAGGCAGAUGUCCCUUAACUCCCUGAUGACAGAGGCAGUUACUGUGAGACUUCUAGGAAUCUUUUUCUUCUCAUAAAGAAGUCAAAGCUCUCUUUGAAUGUACUGUAUGAUGAUGCGUCAUGCAUGAACCUUCUUUGGUCAGGGAUGUCAUUGGUGAAGGGAUUCCUAAAAGUAUUCAAAAUUUGACAUGGAGUUUAGUCACUACCAAUGCCCUCAAAGGGCAGAAGAUGCAGCCUUUUUUAUAUUACCUGCCAAAUUGGGUGUUUUUAAGAUUUAAAAAAGUGCCAUGAAAGAUAGGUUACUGAAUUUUUGAACUACAUCAAUGCAUAAACAAAACAGCAACACUAUUCAACCUAAUCCUGAAAUGCAGUUCGUUUCACUGUUCAUAAAUUUCCUUAAAAGAUUACACAAUUACAAGGUACAUGCAUUAUGUAUCACAUUACUGGGCAAACUGUUCAAAUAUUUUUUUAAACCUCCCUGUAUAGAGAAAAUUCAUAAGGAUGUAAAAGCCAUGCUUGCCUAUUUGCUGUAUACAUGUAAUGAAAUUGUAGAUAAAGUGUAGUGCAUUGAAACAAAUUGAAAAAAGUAGAUACUUUUACUAUACAAGGGUGCUGGUGCAGAAAAAAUAUAUUUUUGGAAAUGUAGCAUUUUAUACUUUCAAGUGUUAUAAAAAAGAAAAAAGAACAAAGAAACCCUUUAUUUCAUUAAAUGAUUUUUUCUGGUGGUUGUCGAGAAACAAAAGACCAAAAGAGCCUUUUUGUCUUUAUUUUUUAUUUUUUAAGUAUUGGAAUAAGUAUAAAGAAAAGAAAGUGCCUUAUUUUCUUCAUGAUCAUUUAGUCAGAUGUCUUGUAUAAUCAGCUCCUCCCUCAGACAGCAAGUUAAUGCAUGCCACUCAGUCGCCCAGUAUGUGAAAUGAAGCUGUGAGGAAAGACAAAUGAGUUGACCAUUUAAAUUACCUGGUUUUUGCCAUAGCAUAAUGCAACUUGGAAAGAUCCUAAACUGUGAAAUAGAAGUUUUCCACCAAUAGCCAACCACAAUAUUUUUGUACCAUGUUCCCUUUCAGUUGUAGACAAUAUAUUUUUAUAGUACUUGUUCAGCCUUAAACCAAAGGGUUCUAAGAUGCAGUCUCAUUUUUUAAAAUUUGAAGUAUUUGUUUAUAGUAUUUAUACAGUAGCAAGUAUUUCAUUUCCCCCUCUUCCAUUCAUAAGAGUAAGUUGUAUUGUGUCCAUUUAAAAUAGAUGCAGGAAAAUACAACAGAACUUGAACUUGCUACAAGAUACUGUUGUCUGUGACGAAAGCAAACAUUCAGACAACCAAUUUUUGAGGAUGCUUCUAAGUUUCUUUGUGUUUCAUUUAUCAUGCCAAAUAAGGUACACAGUGCAUAAUUCUCAUCAAACUCAUACUUGAUGAAUGUUAACUGCUGGUUGCGCUUUACUAAAAAGAAAAAAGUAUUAAGUUCUUCAAAGCCUAGCUGUGUUUCGUUUUGAAUUUUAAAAUGGUUUACAUAGCUGGGCUACUGAUGAUAAACACUUUACGCACAAAGGUGAGGUAUAAAAAUGAUCAAGUAGUCAAAUGCUAAUGGUCUUGAACCAGAUUUGGCAAAGAUCAGGUGAUAAAUUGCCCCCUCCAUUGUGUCAACUUAUUAUUCUAAAAAUGUCACAGCUUGCAAAGCAAAGGUCAAUAGUAAGUGAGGUAAGAGGGCUUUUUUUGAAAAGCACCUUCAUGGUGACUUUAUCAACAUUGUCUCACCUGGAAAAAAGUAUCAGUUUAUUUACUAUGCAAUAAACAUCCAUCCUUUUGUACUCAGCUAGCUUUUCUUUUAUCCUGCCACUGGCUUUGUCUUCCUGUUACACAUGGGGUUUUUCUUUUUUUUUUUUUUUUUUUUUUUUCUUUGGUUUGACUUUCAGUAUAUGCUGUGCCAUUUUGAUUUUUUUGUUUUGUUUGAUUGAUUAAACUUGCGACACUCAAAACAUUUUGGAGAGAGAAUUGCUAAAACAUUACCAGUAUUUGAUCCAGUUUCAUCUCAACUAUGAUAAACCUGGACAUUUUUAGAUGCUGAUCAAAGGUCUCUUCUUGGGAUAAGUGUGACUUUUAAAAGUAAUGUUUGUUCUGAAAAAGAGUUUGAAGACUUAGUUGACAACAUUUUGAUCAACUUAAAAGCAUGACUUUUGAAAUCUCUGAAUGCCUUGGUUCUCAGUAUUAUCAUUUUUAUGAAUUUUUCUUCAUUAAAAUAUGUAGUUUUAAGUCUUUUUUCUGACAGUAUUAUGUAAUUUUUUUAGAGUGGGUAUAUGGGAGUGUCACUUGUAUGUAACCGUACAGAUGACAUGUAUUUGUCUAUUCCUUUAUCUUAGUUUGAUGCUAUGUAUGUACCAUAACCAACCUAUUGCCUAUGAGAAACAUGUAAGAUAAUGUAUUUACAGCCAUUGUUACAAGUUUAUAAUGUAUUUUUCUAUCUUGUUUUAUAUGUAUGUUAUAUAACAUUCAGAAGAAUUUUUUUCCUGAUUGAGAAAAGGAUACAAAAUGCAAAACCCACAAUUUUGAUAACUGAGAAUUGCCAAUUGUUUUGCAGUACUUUAUUAUUAUAUUGGGAGUGUUGUCUUUCUUGGGCUUUUAGUUAGCUACUAAAUUGAAUACAUUUAGACAUAUUUGGAUUUUAGUUGGGUUUUUACAUAGCUUGCAUUUUAAUUCUUUGGUUCUUUGCUGUUUCUAUUAACCCAUAGCAUUAUUUUAAUAAAUGUUAUAAUACCAACCUACUAACUCUGGACUAUGUUGGUUUAUUAACAAUUACAUGUUUAAUUAAAAGAAACAAGGAAAGACAGAAGAAUGUAAAGUCUUGAGUACUUGGACUAACACUGAAGAACGUGACCACGGAUAACACAGCGUGACUUGUUUUAUGUUGUUUGUUUGGCUGACAUUCUGCACACUACUAUUAAACUGGCUUUGGUCAUUCUGGCCUCUUACCUUGUGGGUAUGUGCCAGUAACGUUGGGAACAAGUAGAAUUAUUGGAGGUAUUCUUCUUGUAGAGUCUUGCCACUUGCCUUUCAGCAUCUGCAUUACUAAUUCCACAUUUUCCUUCUUUGAAAUAAUCUCUGUCAGCUCACACAAAAGGGCAGAUACCAUCAUAUUGGUAAAUCAUAUGGUGUGCCCAGAAAAACCAGUUUGAUUCUUUGUUGAGCCAUUCUGAAGUUACACAAUUCAUAUAAUUUGAAAUCUUCUGAAUAAAGAGAACACUUGACCAUGUCAAUAUCUAACUGUUAAGCUAAAACACAAACAUAAUGAAAAAUCAUCAUCAAUUAAUGGCAAUAUCUUCUUGUUUCCAUAAUACAUGAUACUACACUACCCUAUAUGUUCAUGUAUAAGUCUAGAAAUGUUAGUCAAAAAAUCAAUUCAAAAAACUAAGUUUGUUUUAUGUAAAAAUACUGUAUCUUAACUCUUUUUAAAGAACCAUUCCCUUUUCUAAGAAUAGUGGUGAAAGGUAAAAGCUUAGUCUGUCCUAGGAGAACUAAAAAGAUGCAUUGGUCCCCCUACUUUUUCCACCUACUUUUGGCCUUUUUGAAUGCCUGUUGAGAAAAUUAUGGUGGCAGCCAAGGGCUCCUGGUCCCCUAAGGUGACACUGGUACUUUCCCCUUCCAAGGAAUAACUCUUAACUUGCUCAUGUAUUGCAUCAAAAUCCAUAAUUUUGGCCCCAAAACCUGCCCUCGACUUAUAUAAUAAGGGUCAGCUUAGACAUGAGUAUAUGUCUCACUAUUCCUAAAGGUGUACAAGUUGCAGGCUUUAAAUCACACAACUCUCAGGUAAAUGCACUGACUUCAAGCAGAUUACUCCCCAGUAAACAGUUCAAAUUUUGUAUCUUUAACUUCUAGGAUUCCAGAUUUCAAUCCCGUUUAGUACAAAGGAAUCCAGAAUCGUAUAAAGUCAAAAUAAGUCAUUUUUAACAAUUAUUUAAAAUACAGCAAACCUCAUAUAGAAGUAACUGUCCUAAAAUUAUUUGCUAUGUUUAUUCUCAUGGUUGAUUAUAACAACCAAGUACAGAAGUCAUUGUAAUAGCAAUCUAAAAACUUUGUUUUAACAUUUGUUAAAACCAUUGUUUCUGUGGUCAGUUCAUCUAUUUUUAAGUUAGCGCUAUUUUGUAUAUUUCUGGCAGUUUUCUUCACCGUAAAGCCUAGUAUUUGUUUGAAAUCCAUUCCUUUCCAUUGAUAAUGAAGAAGCCAGGCCCUUAUAUUUUAAGAAUGAAAAGAAAAACCUGUGAAGGUGAUAUUAUGUUUUUUUCCUUUCCUUUUUGUUUUAAAAUAAGAGGCAAAGCAUGGUGUCCCGAACCCCCUCCCAUCUUGUUUUUCAAAUCUUGGCAAGAUUUGUUUAGAGGGGAUUUGUCUAUGCCUUCUUCUGGAGCUGAAAGAAUGUGAUUUGUGAAUGUCACACAGCGGGUUUCCAUGUCCAUGUGGAAAUUCAAACCGUGAGCUUCACAUAAUUCAAACCACUAUACUACUCUGGCUGCCCCGAGGAUCCUGGAAAGCAAUUUUCCAUAUUUUUGCUUCUUCCUCACAUGUUUUAGGCCUAGGAGAAUGCAUUAGAUGUUACUCACUCUUUCUGUAAAAUAUGCAAUAAAUCGAUAGUCUUGGUUUUUAGUUUAUGUCACAUUAAACGCUAGUACAAAUUGAUAUAUUACAAUGUAAACACAGGUGCCUUACCAACUAAAGAUAACAUAAAAUAAAGAUAACAUAAUGACGUAAAAUGAAAAUUGCCAAAAUACUAUGCUCAGGCAUACUUGAGGGUUUUUUUUUUUUACUAAAGCUUAAUAUUAAUAAUUAUCAACAUGCCCUCCUAAAUUUUGUUUGCAUGCAAUAAACAUAGAGUUUAAGCAAAUUUUAUAAUUGCAAUUUAUGAUUCACUUCAAUCUCCUUAAUAACAUUAUAAUCAUUAACCUUUUCCAGUUCAAUAAAGGUUAAAAGUUUUGGGAUAGCUAAAAUCCAUAGUUGUGUGCACAUUUGAAGUUAGAACCAGUGUGGAUUAAAAUGCAUAGGAUAUAGGCAGGAAUUUUCAACAGCCACCAUGCCUGUUUCUUAACAAAGACCAAAAAACUAAGCCAUGCACAAUAUGGAAGAAAUAUAUUUAAGUCCAGGAGCAGCAUAGUGGGAUGCCAAUUUGGUAGACCCUUCUGAUUUGGAAAAACCUGCCCCUCAGAACAUUUGAAACAUUCCCGUCAGCCCUUUACUCAACAUCCCAUCUGUAUAGAUACUUGAGCUGGUAUCUUAAUAAUAAUGUAUGUAAUGUAGAAUGUCAGUCAAAUUAAAAUUAUCAUAUGAAGAUUUGAUUUCAAUCCUAUGUCAACUUGCCUAAAAGCAAGCCCAAUCCAAUUCACUUGAGCUUUUGAGCAAGCAUGUGUGGCAUUAUAGUGGUUGUGAGGUUUUGAAGAUCAUUAAUUAAGUUUAGAAGCCUAGUCCUUUUGGAAAGAAACCUAUGACUUACAAUUAUUUUUGGCCUCCAUUUAUCAAUAGUAGUAGUAGUAGUGGUAGUAAUUUAUUACCCUCCUCUCCCUGUGACUCGAAGCUAUCAUUAAAACAAGAUAUAAAACAUUAUAAAAUACAUAUACCAAGAUACACAGUUAAAAUACAAUUAAAAUCUACUAAUAAAAUCCAGAUUAAAAUUCACAACUUAAAAUUGACUGGGUAGACCUGCUGGAAGAGAUGGGUUUUAAUUUGCGUCUUAAAGUCUGACAGCUAAUAUAGCUGUUGGAAGUUCUUCUGGCAGGUCAUUCUAUAAUUUUGAGGCAGCUAAUGAAAAGGUCCUCUGGGUGACAAUUGCCAGUUGGGUUUUGGCAGGCUGCAGUAGAUUCCCCCCCCCCCCCUCCGGAGAAAGUGAUUCUGCAGGUAACCUGAACCGAAACCAUAUAGUAUGUUAAUUAUAGAAAAUGUUUCUUUUAAAAUAAACAAAUAAAGAAUAAAUAAAACUAUUCAAAGAAGUAACUGACUGACACAUUACAUACCAGAGAUAGAGAUAUAUGGUUGGCUCCUUCCAUUCAUAGAAGUUGGUUUCUAGAGGAGACUUCAUGUUGGAGUAAGUGUGAAGCAAUUUUUGCUGAUUCUCUUUUGCCCUGUAGUUCUAUUUAAUGACAUUCAUACUCAGUCAUCAGGAAAAGUGGGGUACAGCACAAAGACUGUAGCCAGAAGGGGGAACCUGAUAAAAUUGCUGUCCUGACCACUUCUUCGAGAAGCAACUCAAUAUUGCAAAAAUAAAUGUGAGAACUAACCUAUAUUUAGCAUCGUUAGCAGAAAAUACCAUAGAAAUGGUAUUGAUUUCUGAAUAUUAAAGUAACCCAAAAGUCUUUCAAAAAUGAAUUACAGCAUCUGGUCUUUAAGUGAAGUAGUAGAUACUCUUUUAAGAACUUUAGAGUUUUAUUUUCAGAUGACAACCUUCAAUGUAUUGUCUGGGAGGUGCAGAAGAACCACUGAUAUAAUUUCUAUAGGAAAUGCAAAUGUAGAGCCAUUUAGUGAAAGUAUGGCAGUUAUUUUAUACUAUAUAUAUGUUGACACAUGUUCCUAAAAUAAUACACAUUGCAUGGGAUAAAAAUAGGACCAAAGUUUAAAAACUGAUUUUGGCUACAAAUUAUGUAUCUACUUGGGGUUUUCUUCCUUAUACACAAUAUGUUCACAGUUGUCAAAUCAGCAUUUUAUGUAAUAAUCAAUUUUGAAUCAAACUGGUUACAAAAGAACAGUGCUUCUAGUUCCUUUUACACUGCCAGCUCACUAACUGCAGGCAUAAAAAUUCUACCUUGAAAUGGUUAUUUGAGAAGCAGAAGGUGUUUUACUUGUGGUAAUCACUACUGAAUGCCAAUUUUGUUGAUGGUUGACUACUAGAAAUUAUCAGUACAAAUUAUUCCCAGGACAGAGAUUUGCUUUUUUGAGAGUUGUUUUGUGCAAAAAUGUUUGAAUCAUUUAUUUAUUUAUUGUUUGUGCAACACAAUGUACAGUUGGAAAUAAAUAGUGUUGCCCAAACAUGUAAAUAAAAAAUGUAACACCUGUAAAUUAUGUGCAAUAAAAAACUGGAAACAUUACAUAUGCUUUAUCCUCGAAAGCGAAUUGACGUCUUUGAAGGGCUGCCAUUUUAUAAUUUAAGAAGUCAAAUAUUUUCUGUAUCAAAAUGUAUGGCAGAAUAAAGAAUGUACUUUUCACACUCUUUAACUGUCAUUAAUGAUUUUACAAACCUAAAAAGAUUCUAAAUUUCUAUAUCUGGUCAUCUGUUGAAUACUUUUUUCACAGUUGAGAGAAUAACUUUGUGUAUACCAAAAGCAAAAAGUGAAUAUAAAAAUAUGCUCAAAAUUAAAAUAGAAAAAUGAAGUGUGAAGCCCUGCAUCAAUGAGAAAAUUUUGCAUUAUAUCAAGGAGAAUACUUGUGCUUUUACAUGUUGGGAAAGAUACAUUAAGGUACUUACCAAUAAAGUAGUAGUAAUAAUAAUAAUAAUAAUAAUAAUAAUAAUAAUAAUAAUAAUAAUAAUAAUAAUUUAUUGCCUGCCUCUUCUUGCAGCUUGAGGUGGAAUACAACUUCAGUCAAACUAGAGAUAAUCACCAUUAAAAAAAGCCCAUACAACAAGAGACAGAGUUAAAAUCCACUGAUCAUAUGCAGAUUAGAGUUCACAACUUAAAAUUGACUGGGAUGAGUCUUCAGUUGUGGCUUAAAUUCCAAAUCCUGAUCUAGCUGCCAAAUCUCUUCUAGCAGGUCCAUUGUGUGAUGAUUGCCAGUCGGGUUCUGGUAGGCUGGAGUAGAUGCCCCUCAGAGGACCUCAGUGUCUUAAGGGGCGGAUUGUAUGGGAGAAGACUUAACUGUAGGUAAUCUGGACCCAAACCAUGUAGGGCUUUAAAGGUCAAAAACAACACUGUACUUUUCCCGGAAACGAAUUGGCAACUAGUGGAGUGACUUUAGUAUAGGUGCAAUGUGCUCACUCCUGGAUGUUCCUGUGACCAAGCUGGCUGUUGCGUUUUGAACUAAUUGGAGUUUCUGAACUUGAUACAGAGACGGCCCAAUGUAAAGUGCAUUGCAGAAGCCCAACCUUGAGGUUACCAGCGCAUUCAGUGCCGUAUUUAGGUCCUUGGAUUCUAGGAAAGGGCACAGCUACCAUAUCAGCAGAAGCUGAUAGCAAGCACUUCUGACCAUAGCAUCAACUUGGGCUAACAUUUGGAGAGAUGGAUCUGAGAGUUCUCCCAAGCUGCAAACAAGUCUUUGAGGGGGAUUGUAAUUACAUCCAAAACUGGUUGAUACACCUCCAUCUCUAGUUUAGAACCCUUAAUGGCAAGUCCCUCUGUUUUGUCUGAAUUCAGUUUCAAUUUGUUUUUCCUCAUCCAUUACCUCUUCCAGGCAUACAUUCAGAGGAGACACACUAUCCUUAGCUAGAGCUGUUUUUGAAGACAUAGAGAAAUGUAUUUUGGUGUCGUCAGUGUACUGAUUGCACCUUGCCUCAUGCCUUCAGAAGAUCUCUUCCAAAAGUUUCAUAUAAAUGUCAAAAAGCAUUGGGAAUAGAAUAGAGCUCUGUGGGAUGCCAUAUAACAGCUUCUUUUUUGAGGAGCAGCUUUCCUCAAGCACCACCAUCUGGAACCUGCCUGUCCACUGUGGCACAGUGCCUCUGAUUCCAACCCCCCCCUCCCCCCCCCCCCCCGGCGUUCCAGAAAGAUAACAUAGUUGAUGGUAUCAUCAAAAGCCGCUGGGAGAUCUAAAAGCACCAACAGAGACACAAACCCCUUGUCAGUAUUAGAGAUCAUCCACGAAGGCAACCAUAGCAGUGUAAACUCUGUAUCCUGGUUUGAAAUGGGUCGUGAAUGUAUGUGUUAUCAAAGACUUCCUGGAGCUGGAGAGCAACUGCUUUCUCAAUUACCCUACUCCAAAAAGGAAGGCUAGACACUUGUCUGUAGUCGAGUCCAGGGGAUCCAGGGAGGGCUUUUUCAGCAGUGAUCUAACUUCAGCUUUUUUAAAAUGAUGGAAAAUUUCCUGCUUUAAGAGAUGCAUUGAUAAUUCAUUGUACAGUAGCGUCUCACUUAUCCAACAUAAACAGGCUGGCAGAAUGUUGGAUAAGCAAAAAUAAGGAGGGAUUAAGGAAAAGCCUAUUAAACACUAAUUACGUUAAGAUUUUACAAAUUAAGCACCAAAACAUCAUAUUUUACAACAAAUUGACAGAAAAUGCAGUUCAAUACACAGUAACGUUAUGUAGUCAUUACUAUAUUAAUUUAGAAUCAAAACAUCGCAAUGUAUUGAAAACACUGACUACAAAAACGUUGACUACUAACAAAUUGACUACAAAUUAAGGUAGAAUUACAUAAAAUGAACUUACAGGAACAACGUUGUCAAAAUUAAAUCCGUAAAAAGUUCAGUCCUUGCUGUCUAGAGAAACAGUUGUGGAUCUGGGCGGGAGGCAGACUGCGUUGGAUAAUCCAGAAUGUUGGAUAAGUGAAUGUUGGAUAAAUGAGAAUACUGUAUUUGAAAUCUAAUUGUAUCUCCUUCCUGGAUGACCAGCCAAGAGCGGCAGGGAGCGAGAAAGCAGGUUGUCCUCCUUAUUUGCCCCAACAGUUUGUCCACAUCAACAAUACUCAUUUAUCCCACUCACAAGAGUUGCUGAAUACCUCAUCGUUGACCUCUGCUCCAAUGAUGGCAUCUAAGCCAGCUCUUAUGGGAGAGAUUUUAUCUGCGAAAGUCACUAAACUCUGAUUGAAUGCUGCUUACUGGAAGUACCAUACCUGAACAUUUCCCUUAUUUUAUGAUGUACAGUUCGCUGAAUAUAAAACUUUUUUUACAUACAUUUGGAAUUGUUGGGGUUUUCUUUUACUAUCCCUCUGAAUGUUCAAAGAAUUUGCAUUAAAAUAUUUCUUUUAUUUUCUUUGUUGUGUUGCUGGUCGGUGUGCAUGUGGGGGUGGUGGGAUAUUUUGGAAUCUUUUUCAGCCUCAAGCUGAAAUGAAUGUUUGGCUCCUUGUAGUCCAAGUUGCUUUUUCUUCCUUUACUAUACUUCUUUAGUUUUCCUAAUUCUGUAGUUCUGGUCUUCAGAUUUGCAUCAUUUCCCUGGUGUCCUCUCAUGCUGUUUUGCUUGACUGUUUAUUCCAUUCCCAACUGACACUAUUUCAGUACAGUAUUCUUAAACCCACUCAUGUACUGAACAGUGCUUGCUGCCUUGUUCAGGACCAUUCUCCCUUGCCACUCCCCUUACAUCAUGAUUCUCGUCAUAGAUAUUUUAUCCGGUGCUACAGUCAUUAGUUAACAAUGACUGGAAUCAGUUUUGUGCCCUGCAUGCUGGCAGCAUGGUAGUAAACUGCAUUCCUGAAAUAAUAAAGGAAAGAGAAAACAGUUCAGAGGCAACUCAGUCUUGUACCGAUCGUCAGGCUUCUGUGAGCACCAUAUUUGUCACAAACGUGUCAUGGAAAAUCCAUUAUCCCAGUAUGUUCAGUCACUACAUUAUGUAUAUCAGCCACUGUCUUUUCCCUGUUAUUUUGAUCAGCAUUCUAACCCCACAAUUUAUCUGAGCAUAUUAGUUCAUACUCUAGACCAGACUUAGUUCAGUUGCUUUCCAUUAUUUGGUUUCCCCAAUCCGUCAUGUUCAUCAUUAUAGUAAGUCAUAAAUGUUUCUAACUUAAAGAAUACAGUGUUCCCUUACUACUUUGCGGUUCACUUUUCACAGAUUUGCUAUUUCGUGGUUUUUCAAUAGCCUCUAAAAGACUAUUAUAAAUCAUAAAAAUUUACAAUUUACAGCUUAAAGAAGGGAGGAAGGAGAAGGGAGAGAAAAGGAGCCCAAGCGGCAACAGGAGGAGAAGGAGGUGAUUUAUCAACACACGAUUGGUUGAUAAAGACUAAAAAUAGUGUAUAACUACUAAAAUAAUGUAUAAAUAUUAAAAUAAAUAUAGUGUCCCUACUUCGCGGAUUUCCACUUAUUGCAGGUGGUCCUGGAACCUAACCCCCGCGAUAAGUGAGGAAACACUGUAUAUACUUUAUUAAGUGUCUUAACCAUGACCUGUUGAGGCACUGAUUUUAGAAUAGAUUUGGUAUAGACAUUUAAAAUAAUAAUGAACCUCCUUUUAUUGUUGUUGAGUAGUUGAAACCACGGGUACAUCAAGCAGUGACUUGAUAACAAGUAUGUAAUCCAGAUACAGAACAAAUAGGGUUGAAUGCAAUGCUUUCUGCAAUGUCUUUACUCCUCCUGGAACAUCUUUGUGUGUGAGAGACAGACAGACUCCACACUUCCCUGUUCAAGACUCCACAAAUUAUCUGCAACAUUUAUAAUAAAAGUGAGUUCUUUUUGUUGCAUGUCUUCAAGUCUUCAGUUUAUGGUGAUCCUAAGAUGUACCAAUCACAGUGUUUUCUUGGCAAGAUUUGUUCAGAGAGAAUCACCCAGUGGUUUUCCAUGACUAGGAGGGGAUUUGAACCCUGGUCUCCAGAGCUGUAGUUUAAAGCUGUACAAUGUGUUAACGUGGUGAGUUAAAAUCAGUUCACAGUUUCUUAAUUCUUGAACCUGAUACUCCGAUCUUCAGUGAGUUCUGUUUUACUGGAAUGUUUUAUCAUAACAAAGAGUAUAGUAUAGUAUGUGACAAAGUGUCACAUGAAUUUUCUAGGAACUUGGUUAGAGUACAAUUUUUCCUCUUUUUUAAGAGUAGAAGUGGUGAAACAUUGAAAUGCUGUCUUCCCACACAUAAACAUCUUGCUGCAUGUGACACACCUUGGCAAUUCUGGUGCAGGUACAGUAUUGAUAACAUGGCUAUAAAGUUUCCAAAAUCAGCAUAGAUAACCAGAGGAUCUCUCUACAUGUAUUGCAAAUAAAAUAUGCUCUCAUAACUUAAAUGUUUUCUAAUGCUGUCUGAUAUCCUCUGUUGCAAUCACUAGAAUAAAAGAAAAGCACUUUAGGUGUUACUUCAUUAUAUCUGGCCAUUAGUUUGACAGACUAAAAAGACUAGUUCUCUGUGCUCACCAUUCCAACUCAAGAUGUAAGAAGCAACUGAAAUUUGACACACUGUCCAUCUUCUUGUUUCUAUGCCUGCCUACCUCUGCCAGGUUCCUGUGCCUCAUUGACUGUCCUUCUGUAGGUGUCAUUCUUCAACUGUAGGGAUUGGGGUUUCAUAAAGAGCUGUUGGAAGUGCAAAAUGGAUGGACAUUUUCAUGACAAAAACAGCAUCAAUUCUCAAGAUGUAGCAGGCAAUAAUAAUAAUAAUAAUUUAUACCCUGCCACCAUCUCCCCUGGGGACUUGGGGCGGCUUACAUGGGGCAGAGCCCGAAAAAUACAAUCAAGCAAAAACAGCAUACAUACAAUUCACAGGAUAAUAAGAUAAAAAAACCAAAAUACAAUAUAAAACAGAGAUAUUAUAAUAGUUAAUAAUAUCAGUGAACCACGAAGUUCUGUUGUCUACAUAGGUGGAGGAACUGAAACAUCUAUGCAAGAGUACAAUGAUGAGAUAAAAUGCAUAGAUAAAACUAGGGGCCUAAUAAAAUGCUGGAUAAUACCAGAGAUGUGUAAUCUUGGCGAUGCAUUAUAUAAAGCUCUAAAACUACAUGUCUAAAAUUUGUCACAAUCUAGUCUGUUCUUUAGAGUCUACUAUGUCUCAAUUUUUUUCUACAAGUGUGUCAAUUUUUAAAGGGUACAAAAAUGCUGAUUUCCCAUUGCAAACCAAUAGGGAAGGACUGGUAAUCUGAAUUUCCAAAUUUCAGAUUUGGGGCUUGGAUUACUUUGGAUCUAUUCAUAUCUGGAUCAAAUGGGGAUCAGAUCGGAAUUCCUGAUUUAAGCACCAAAUCUCAUACUUAAUCCUAAUUAAUGAGUAAUCAAUUAUCUACUGUCUGCUUGCACAGCAAAAAGAGGAUCUGCUAUUUGAUAGUCACAGAAACAACUGCUUAACUAUGGCAGCUUAGUCAUUGUUCUGUCUUCUAAUGUCAGUUGAAAUAGAGCAUCAAGAUUCUUCUGGAAAAAAUAGUAUCUGUCUCACCAAUUAUUGACUUCCAUAAUCACCUACUCACCCAAUACACAGGGAAAGCAGCCUGUGUGGUUCCUACUCUCUUUGGUGAAGCUGAAGAUUUGUUCCAAUAAGUGAUUUUUUUCAUAGCAUGAAAUAAGAAGCUGAAAAAGCCAAAAACUAUAUGGAGAAGAUUUUUGUCUUCUGUCUUCUCAAAUAAUCUGAAUUUAGGGUGAUCCCAAAAACGCAUUGCAUUUUCUUAGGAAGGAGUACUCAAAGGUAGUUUUGCAGUUCCUUUCUCUGAAACAAGCUGCUAUAAAUUAAGAGAACAGCUGUUACUGGAAAACCAUGGAUUGCAAGGUAGGUGAUUGUUUCUAAACAAGUAUACCAGUAUAAAAAAAGAAAAGGUCCAGUAAAGGAAUCUGUUUCUUCUGACUCCUUUAUAAUAUUUAGACUUCGAUGACCAGUUUUUGGACAUUACAAAUGCCCAAUUUAAAAAUACUAGACACUUCAUAAGGGUUUUGUAGCAAUAGAUGUUCAUUUUUAAAGGAAAGGUAGCACCGAAUAAUAACACAAGGAAAUGAUGAACUAUGUGGUCAAAGAAAGAUAUGAAUCAAAAUUUCCCACAUCUAAGCUAAUUCAGAAUUAAGUCUGUUCCAGGGAUCUGACGUGCACACACAGGUCUGUGUACACUUCCCUGCUUGGCUGGACUUCAUGGUUCAGAAGAUGAAUUGAGUCUUUGUGUUUAUAUGUGUUUCAAAGUAAUUAUAUCUGAACAUGAGAGGCAACUGCAGGGCAUGGCAGCCGGCAGAAGUAUUUUGGUUGGAAAGUUUUUAGUGAUGGAAUGACGUUGGCACUGAUCAGAACCAACAGGCCAGGCAAAUUUGAUGAUACAUGAAGUGAAAGGGGUAGGUUGUUCCUAUUGUUAUCAUGUUGGUAUGAAUGCAUACAAUCAACUGGCAUACUAAAAAUUACCAGUUAGACUAUAACUUAAUGCUCACCCAUCCAACAAUGGUAGCUUGGAGUUCAAAGAGUUGUCCAAAAAGUACCAUUUCCAAAUUCUAGCCACUUGAAGGACUACAACCAAACUGAGGGGGCAGUUUGUUUAUAUUGAAUUAACUUUGCCAUCUUGUUAUUAGUCAGGAAUGUAGCAGGGUUUCAUGAAGUUCCUGUGUUUUCCUGAAAAGGGUAGAUCUUUUGUGAGUGUUUCCAAACACAAAAUUUCAAACUAUCUUCAAGCCUUCAACCUAAUGCCUCACAAAACACCUGGUGGACAUUCUCAGCGAACUUCUCUUGAAGGCAAGAAAUUUAUUUGGAUAUGGCAGCAGCAGGCAAAGCCCAGGUUUCUCAUGAAGCAGGGAAAAUUUAAAGGUACUGGGGGAGAGGAAGGGAGAAAUAGCAGUGGCUAAUUGAGUCAAGGCAAGCAAGCAACCUACCUCCCUCACCUUCAUCCUGCUCAAAGGUUAGAAGACCUUAAUGAAAAGCUUACAUCUAAUUCUACUAUGAGGAAUUUUAGACACUGCCUUUGUAUGAUUCUGACCUGCUUUUGUUCAUAGAUAUCAAAAUUAUUCACACACGUGAUUAGUCAAUGUGCUUAACACUAAAAUUAUUCCCUUCAUCCAGUUAUUUUUUUUGGCAUCCCUUUAUUUCUGUAUAUGUUGCUAGCUAGCACUUCCACACUCCCCUUUAACAAUUUUGAAGGACAGCCUCCUCAAACAGAGUACCUCCCAGAUUUUUGAACAUCAGUUUUUUCUUUGUGUACUCUGUGAAUGCACACUAGUGGAGAUAAUUGUGCCUGCGCAGGCUCCAACAGAAACUCUUCCAAGCUGAAUCUUUCAAAUUUUGGCAGUAACCCCACCCCACAUAAAAGACAGCCUUGUGCGCUCGCUCCCCAGUUCCUUUUUUCCACCGCAAAGCUCGCUUCAGAACCUUCCUCAUGUCGACCACACGUUUCAAGAGAUGCACCGUGUGUGCAGCUAAAAUCCCAGAUUCAGAUGGCCAUGCAAAUGCUUUCUGUGUCUGGAUGAAGGCCACGUAGUUGGUUCUUGCUGCCAUUGCUUGGCCUUCACAGCCCAAGCCAGGAAAAACAGAGCAGCCCGGCUUAAGGCGCUCCUCUACCAAAGGUCUCUUGUGCCUGAACGCUCGACUUCCACCUCGGCUCCACAAAAGGCAAGCUCAAUGCCCUCGAGAGCGUCAAAGAUUUUGAAAACUUCCAAAGCCUUGAAGCCUCCCUGCACAGUGACCAUCACUACAAUAUCGACCUGCUCAGGCAGGAUUGGACCUUCCUUGACUUCGAGCUUGGUGGCAUCGGUCCACACCCAUGUGGUGUCACCUCCUUCGACAUCGGUGAUGAAGAUUGCCUUUAAGAGGGCCCGUGUAGAAACACGCCGGGCCCAGUCGGAUUCCGCAGCUUUCUACCCAAUCCUUCCGACACUGGGGAAGUCCAUGCGGGCACCCUUGAAGCAACCCCCAGCCAAAAAGCGCCUGGUUCAAUAGUUCUCAUCCUCGGCCUCUUCGAAGAAGGACGUCCCUUCCUCCUUGACCACCUCGGCCAGGAGGUCUUCCCCGAUCCAACCGGCGCAACUGCAAAGAUCCUCUUCUCAAUCCCUGACCUGGCACUUGCCUGAAGGCGAAAUCCAGGAUUCACCCCACCACUCCACAGAGACUGUGGUCUUGGUGUCAGAUCCAGAGACUCGGCCCCAGCAACCUCAGGCCCGCCAGGAACCUUUCCCGCCAGUGAUAACUCCAAAAAGGGGUAGGCAAACAGCUUGUCUGACUAGAGCUGCACAACCCUCGGCUUCUAAAGACCCCAGACCUACCUCAUCUUCCCUUCCGCUGGCCCUACCUCCUUCAGAGACUGUGCCACCCUCUCCUCUUCGGUUCCCCCAAGGAACUGAGGAUGAUGAGCAGGACAAUGACCCUCCGGAAUCCAUACACUCCAACUCGGUCUUGUCCUUAGGCCUCAACCUCUCGCCAGCCCCAGAGGCCUACGAGGUUGAUCCACCUUCUCCUACCGACAGUGUUCGUACUUUUGCUGACCAGAUGGUCUGAAUGGCUGGAUCUAGAAUAAAACAAACUUCAAAAGCUGUUAACAACCUUGCCUUUAAAAAGGUCCAGGCAGAGGCCUCUCCGGCCACGCUACUACCUUUUCUUCCGUACUUGCUGGAUGUGAUCCAGGCAUUCUGGAAGACCCCGUCAUCAAUACCACUGACUUCAAAGAGGAUCGAAGCUCGACUCUCUGGCUCACCAUCAAAUUCAGAUGGCAAAACCAUGGGCAACACCGCUGGUAAGAUGAUCACACAUACGGUUGCCAUUCGCUACCACUCUUGGCUGAGGUUCUCUGGUCUCUCCUCAUCAAGGCAAGUUAUAGAAGACCUCCCCUUCGAUGCCUUGAGACUCCUUAAUGCUGGCACGGACAAUAAACUUAACCCAACCAAGACUUUAAAAUCUUAGCGGCCAAGUGCGAUGUACAACGACCGCAUGCUCAGAGAACAUGCUGGUACCACUAAUGGUUCCUUAAAUACUCUCACCAGCCCUUCCAACCACAGGGCUACAGACAUGCCCCUAGGCUGCUCCAACAAAACCAGCAGCAUCAACAACGCCACCAGCAGCAGCCGCCUAAACAUACCAAUUCACUGUACUCCCAUUUGGUUUGGUGACGGCACGGAGGGUCUUUACCAAGGUCAUAGCACCUCAGAAAACAAGGAAUCAUAGUCUUUCCCUAUCUCAACGACUGGCUUCUUGUUGCACCCAACCCUGCUGUGUUGGAACUCCACGUCGCCCAUACGCUCCAGUUACUGGACUCACUAGGCCUGCAAUUGAAUGCAAAAAAGUCAAAUCUCAUCCUGUUGAGAAAGAUGAAAUUCAUAGGUGCCCUCUUCAACUCAGUGUCUCAAACGGCUUCCCUACCACCAGACAGAUUUCUGGCCUUGCAACAUGAGAUUGCCACCUGCAAAUACAGCUGCAAGUUACGAGCGUGAUCCAUCCAGGUCCUCCUUGGCCACAUAGCCUCCACCAUCCUCGUCACUCCCUUCGCCAGGCUGCACCUCAUGCCACUCCAAAGGUGGUUCAUCAACAUCUUCAAGCCGGCUCGACACCCGAAUUCGAUCUACCUCAUGGUACUGCAACGUAUCCAUCGGUUCCUAUCCUGGUGGAUGAGUUUUUCCAAUGUUUGCAAGAGCCUACCAUUCCAUCCCCCCAUGCCGUCGGUCACCAUAACAAUCGACUCCUCCAAGUUUGCAUGGGGAGCACACUUAGGCAACCUCAUGAUUCAGGACCUCUGGUCCCCUCAAGAAAGAGCCCACCACAUAAACUUUCUCAAACUCCUAGCCAUUUACAAGGCUCUCAAAGCCUUCGCCCACCUCAUCACACAUAACACUGUCCAAAUCCAAACAGACAACAUGGUAGAGAUGUAUUACAUCAACAAACUGGGCGGCACUGGAUCGAGGAAACUAAUGAUCCUCUCCACCUGCCUGUGGCUCUGGUGCAUACAUCACAAGGUGUCCAUCCUAACUCUACACCUCCCAGGCAACAACUUUGCCGACUCCUUGAGCAGGAUGACAAAGUCCUCUCACGAGUGGCAGCUCGACUCGGAAGAUUCUUCACUCCAUCUUCAACGAGUGGGGAUGGCCAACAAUCAACCUCUUUGCGUCUCCUCAGAAUGCUCAGCUACCUCAGUACGGGGUGAAACUAUCCCCGGGAACAGCCCUGGGAGAUGCCUUUCUCCUCGAUUGGUUGGCAGAAUGCCUCUACAUCUUCCCUCCAAUCCCCUUGAUGCCGAAGAGACUGCAACUCGCCUUGACGUCGGCGAUCCUCAUAGCCCCCGCCUGGCCUCGCCAGCUAUGGUACCUGGCUCUUCUCCAAAUCUCAGGCAACCAUCGACCCCUGCCACUCCUACCUCACCUCCUCACCAGACAGAAUUUUAUUUAUUUAUUUAUUUAUUUUAUUUAUAUACCGCUCUUCUCCCCCAGGGGGACCCAGAGCGGUCUUACAUAAUGGCAAGAUUAAUGCCACAUAUAAUACAAAAUAUAGUAAAACAAACGAUCGUAAAAACACACUUAAAAACCAAUAUCAUACCCCAUUUAAAACAGUAAAACACUGUGUGGCCAUUACAACAGGGCCAGUAGCAUUGGGCCAAAAGUCAGAGCCAGACUGUAUUCAAUUACACAUUAAUCCAGCGAAUACAUCAGAUUAUAUCAACCGUAUCUUAGGAUGGGCCAAAAGCUUGGUCCCACAUCCAGGUCUUCAGCUGCUUCCUAAAAGACAUGAGUGAGGGGGCUUCCCUAAUCUCCCUUGGCAAGGAGUUCCACAGCCGUGGAGCCACCACCGAAAAAGCCCUGUCUCUCGUCCCUGCCAAACGCACCUGUGACGGUGGCGGGACCGAGAGCAGGGCCUCACUGGAAGAUCUUAAUCUGCGGGGCAGCUCAUAGGGGGAGAUACGUUCGGAGAGGUAAGUUGGACCAGAGCCGUUUAAGGUUUUGUAGUCCAAAGCCAGCACUUUAAAUUGUGCCCGGAAGCUAACAGGCAGCCAGUGGAGCUGCUUCAACAGAGGAGUUGUAUGCUCCCUGUACGGCACUCCAGUUAAUAACCUGGCUGCGGAACGUUGGACUAGUUCCAGCUUCCGAACAGUCUUUGAAGGCAACCCCACGUAGAGCGCAUUGCAAUAGUCCAAACGAGAUGUAACCAGAGCGUGGACCACCGUGGCCAUGUCAGGCUUCCCAAGGUAUGGGCGCAGUUGGCGCACAAGUUUGAGUUGUGCGAAGGCCCCCCUGGCCACCGCUGAAACCUGGGGUUCCAGGCUCAGCGAUGAGUCCAGGAGGACACCCAAACUGCGAACCUGGGCCUUCAGGGGGAGUGUGACCCCAUCCAGCACAGGCUGUAACCCUAUACCCUGUUCGGCCUUACAACUGACAAGGAGGACCUCUGUCUUGUCUGGAUUCAACUUCAAUUUGUUCACCCUCAUCCAGUCCGACACAGCAGCCAGGCACCGGUUCAGGAUCUGGACGGCCUCCUUGGAAGCUGGAGAAAAGGAGUGAUAGAGUUGGACAUCAUCUGCGUACAGAUGACACCGAACUCUAAAACUCCGGAUGAUCUCACCCAGUGGCUUCAUGUAGAUGUUAAACAACAAAGGGGACAGUACUGAACCCUGUGGGACUCCACAAGACAAUGGUUGUGGAGCCGAACAGCUGUCCCCUAUCAAUACCUUCUGGGUACGGUCCUCAAGGAAGGACUGGAGCCACUGCAAUGCAGUACCCCCAAGGCCCAUUCCCACGAGGCGACCCAGAAGGAUACCGUGGUCUACGGUAUCGAGGGCCGCUGAGAGAUCCCGAAGAACCAGCAGGGACACACUCCCUCUGUCGAGCUCUCUGCGGAGAUCAUCCACCAAGGAGACCAAGGCCGUCUCAGUUCCAUGCCCCGGUCUGAAGCCAGACUGUGCCGGAUCCAGAUAAUCAGAUGCUUCCAAGAAUCUCUGGAGUUGCGAGGCAACCACGCGUUCCACGACCUUGCCCAAAAAGGGGAGAUUGGAAACAGGCCGAAAGUUAUUCCAAUUAGUGGGGUCAAGUGAUGGCUUCUUCAACAGUGGUUUUAUUACGGCUUGUUUGAGGCCGGCUGGAAGUCUGCCUUCCCGGAAGGAGGCGUUCACCACCACUCUUACCCACUCGACCAACCCGCCUCUGGCUUCUUUAACCAGCCAGGAUGGGCAGGGGUCUAGGAUGCAUGUGGUCGCUCUCGCUUCUCCAAGGACCUUGUCCACGUCCUCGGGUUGCACAGAUUGAAAUGAAUCCAUCAAAAUAGGACAAGCAGGUGCUCUUGCUACAUCUUCGGAGAUUGCAUCAACCGCGGCGUCAAGCUCGGAACGAAUCAAAGCUAUUUUCUUUGAAAAGAACUGGGAAAAAGCUUCACAUUUCUCUGCCACAUCAUCUGUGGACGCAGUUUGAGGGGUGUUGUUAAGCAGCCCUCUGACAGUUCUAAAAAGCUCGGCAGGACGGUUUUUGGCUGCCUCAAUUCUAGAACUAUAAUAGGUUUUUUUACAGCAGCCAUUGCUUUGCAAUAUGUUUUCCUUUGGGCUUUAACCCGUUCUAAAUUUGAUUCGCUCCCUCGCUUUCACCACACACGCUCUAGACGCCUCGUCUCACGCUUCAUCGCUGCCAACUCCCUGGAGAACCAGGGCGCUAGUUUAGCUCUGCGCAUUGCGAGGGGCCGCUCCGGAGCGAUCGUGUCUAUUGCCCUGGCCAUCUCCCCAUUGUAGAGAGUGACCAGAGCAUCAACAGAAGGGCCAACUUCUUCAUCCCAACGUUCAGUCUCUUCACCUCUCAGCAUGGAACAUCUUGACAUAACCUCUUUUCACCCUAACCUACAAAAAAUCCUUCAGUCGGCCCAUAUGCCCUCCACAACAAGGGCUUAUUCCUAUAAGAUUGCUCGGUUCCUUACCUUUCUUCAGUCCUGAAGUGUCUCAACCAUCCCGCCAUCGGUACCGACAGUCCUCGACUUCUUACUCACCUUAGCAGACCAAGAACUAUCCUUGGCCUCCAUUAAGUCUUACCUGGUGGUGUUAUCAUGGGCUUUCCAACAGCAUGACCAACCCUCCCUCUCCUCCCACCACCUAAUUAAGACAGUCCUAAAAGGAUACACCAACCUCCGUCCGCCCAUCCAACCCCCGACACUGGGAUGGAGCCUCAAGCUUGUUCUUACUCAGCUCUCUGCCCCUCCAUUUCAUAGAAUCAUAGAACAGUAGAGUUGGAAGAGACCUCAUGGGUCAUCCAGUCUAACCCCCUGCCAAGAAGCAGGAAAUCACAUUCAAAGCACCCCCGACAGAUGGCCAUUCAGCCUCUGCUUAAAAGCCUCCAAAGAAGGAGCCUCCACCACACUCCGGGGCAGUGAGUUCCACUGCCGAACAGCUCUCACAGUGAGGAAGUUCUUCCUGAUGUUCAGGUGAAAUGUCCUUUCCUGUAGUUUGAAGCCAUUGUUCUGUGUCUUAGUCUGCAGGGCAGCAGAAAACAAGCUUGAUCCCUCCUCCCUAUGUAUUUGUACAUGGCUAUCAUGUCUCCUCUCAGCCUUCUCUUCUGCAGGCUAAACAUGCCUAGUUCUUUAAGUCGCUCCUCAUAAGGCUUGUUCUCCAGACCCUUGAUCAUUUUAGUUGCCCUCCUCUGGAUGCUUUCCAGCUUGUCAACAUCUCCCUUCAAUUGCGCUGGUGUCGGCUGACCUUCACCUCCUUUCCUGGAAAGUUGCUUUCUUUGUUGCUAUCACUUCAGCCCGAAGGCCUGAAUUGGCAGCUCUCAGGGUUGACGAACCCUACCUCUGUUUUCACCACGACUGGAUGGUUCUCAGGACAGAUAUCAUCUUCCUGCCUAAGGUGGUCUCCGCCUUCCAUGUAAACCAGGACAUCAUCCUCCCUGCCUUUUUUCAAAACCCAUCAUCUCCUUUGGAAAAGAGACUGCACUCCUUGAUGUUAGGAGAGCCCUUCUAUUUUACAAGGACAGGAUUCAGGGCACCAGAAAGACUGCCAGACUCUUUGUUUCCUAUGCCCCAGAUAAGAUGGGAAAUCCAAUCUCAUUCCAGAGACUUUACCACUGGAUUGCAAUAGAGCUCGCAUACCAGCUGGUUUGCCGCCCUCCUCCCCUCCUCGGUCUGACCAAGGUCUACAAGGGCCUUGGCAGCAUCUACAGCAUUCCUCAGGGGGAUCCCUCUCGACUCCAUGUGCAAGGCAGCUAUAUGGUCAAUGCCUUUGACCUUUGUUUCCCAUUACAGGAUAGACUCCAGAGCCCACAGAGACUCUGCCUUUGGCAGAUCGGUCCUCUCCUCCUGCAUUUCUUGAUGACUUUUUCUUCCUUUCCCUCUUUCAAAGAAAAAGACCAAAGACUCAAAGUUCAAUCUUUUCUAAUAUGUUUAUUGUUCAAAGAAAAGAGAAGAGAAAGAAAAGCUUUGUUCCCCUUUAAGGGUUGUGACAUCAUACUGAUCCAUCAAGGUUACACUCCGCCUUCACGGAAGGCCUAUUUUGCUUCUCCCACCUGUUGUGGUCCUCACACUUCACUACUGAGACUGUUGUAUGAGAUGAUACACACUACCUCCUCAGCUGUACUUGGGUGGCCACAGUACCCCUGAGCGUACUGUUGAUUGCAUACAUACAUUUCACUGAUGUGGGCCUUUUAACUUGCACUGUUAUUACAGUGAUUUGUGCCUUAAUAAAUACAGUGUUCCCUCACUA